CCGCCUCCUCCACCGUGUACAAAACCGCCACCGCGCAUACUCUUCCCACUUGCUUUUCUUGUACUUUCCCACUGUACCCGCCCUCCGUCUCGGUUUGUUCGGUUCCUCAUUCUAUCCACCGCCCAAAUAGAAGUCCUCUUUCUCUCUUGCCAUGGAGGAAUCCGGCGACCACAAGAGGCGCCGCGGCGAGGAGGAGGGAGACGGCUCCCCGGAGAUCUCCUCUCCCGAGGCCAAGCGCCUCCGCGAGAACCUCCUCCUAGACGACAUCCUCGAUGACGACGCCGGCGCUGGCGCCAGCGACAGCGACCAGGACCUCGCUUCCGUCAUGAAAAGCCUCGAGGAGGAGAUCGCUUUCCCGUCACCUCCUCCUCCUCAACCGCUGGCCGUUGUGGCGAUUGACCAGCCGGAUCUAGGGUACCUUUUCGAGGCCUCGGACGACGAGCUGGGCCUGCCGCCGCCGCCUCCCCCUGCUCCGUCCAUGUCCGACGAGGGCGGCGAGCCCCCGGAGGCGGCGGUCGCCGUGGCUCCCGGCGUCGGGGGUGAGGUGGAUGGGAUCGGGUUCGGCCAGAUCUGGGGGUUCGACGACGAAAUCAACGGCUACGGCUGGCUGGAUGAGUUCGGGAUCCGGCCGGAGGAGAGUGCCGAGGCCGAGGUGAACGGGGUGGUGUUCGACGGCGGGCUGUUCGACUACGCCGAUCUCCCCUGGCGAUCGGAGACGCUGCCUGCCGUCUGAUGGAAGCAUUUCGUCUUCUUUAUGAAACGUUUAGGUUGUAAAGGUUAGGGGAAGAUGAAUUGGCAACAAGGAAAUUACCAAGGAAGAAGAAAGCCAAGUCGCAAAGUAUUGCAUC